CCCUCCCGCAGGCCCUGCCAUGGGGAGCGGCAGCAGCCGCCUGUACAGCGCGCUGGCCAAGGCGCUGAGCAGCGGCGCGGUGCCGCAGCCCCGCGAGUGCGCGGCGCCGCUCGAGCCCAUCGACCCCAAGGAGCUGCUGGAGGAGUGCCAGGCCGUGCUGCGGGAGCGCCCGCCCCGCUGCCAGCGCCACUUCGUGCCCCUGAGCGCCGGCGCCGCCGACAGCCACCGGCCCAUCCGCGUCAUGCAGUGGAACAUCCUCGCCCAAGCCCUUGGAGAGGGCAAAGACAACUUUGUGCAGUGCCCCAUGGAAGCUCUGAAAUGGGAAGAAAGGAAGUGCCUCAUCCUGGAGGAGAUCCUCGCGUACAAGCCCGACAUCUUGUGCCUGCAGGAGGUCGACCACUACUUCGACACCUUCGAGCCGCUGCUCAGCCGCCUGGGCUACCAGUGCACUUUCUUCCCGAAGCCGUGGUCGCCGUGCCUGGACGUGGAGCAGAACAACGGGCCCGAUGGCUGCGCCUUGUUUUUCCUCAAGGACCGCUUCGAGCUCGUCAACAGCGCUAACAUUCGGCUCACGGCAAUGAAGCUGAAAACCAACCAGGUGGCCAUCGCGCAGACGCUGAAGUGCUGCGAAACGGGACGGCUCUUCUGCAUUGCUGUCACCCACCUCAAAGCUCGCACGGGCUGGGAGCGGUUUCGCUCCGCGCAAGGCUGCGACCUUCUCCAGAACCUGAAGAACAUUACGCAAGGAGCAAAGAUCCCCCUGAUCGUCUGCGGAGACUUCAACGCAGAGCCCACCGAGGAAGUGUACAGGGAGUUUUCCAACUCCAGCCUCAACCUGAGCAGCGCGUACAAGCUGCUGAGCCCCGACGGGCAGUCGGAGCCGCCCUACACCACCUGGAAGAUCCGUCCCUCGGGAGAGUGCCGGCACACGCUGGAUUACAUCUGGUACUCGCAGCACGCCCUCAACGUGAACUCGGCCCUGGGCUUGCUCACCGAGGAGCAGAUCGGGCCCAACAGGCUGCCCUCCUUCCAUUACCCGUCAGAUCACCUGUCCUUGGUGUGUGACUUUAGCUUUAAUCAGGACCCUGACAGACUGUUGUAAUUCCCUGGGAUGCGGUGUCUUAAUUCACCACUUUUAUUUUCAAGAAACCUUUUGAAGCUGGAAACUAUGUAAGGAUGAGGAAGUACUCUUGACUGAAGGCUUUUUCCAGGCCCUUGUUUGGAAUUACACUUGCCGUUUGGAGCUCGUUAAUCUGAGGCCUCCACAGGGGGGAGAGAGAAAUCCGUGCUCUAGUUUUGUGUGUUUGUGCCCUAGCAGAGAGUUGGAAGGAAAAUAAGUUUCUCCUUUCAGUGUCCUCUCUGUCUAAGGCUUGAAUCCUCUAAUGAAGGUGGAGGCUCUCAGUGUUUAAAUUAAAAAUCACUCGUGUAUGUAAAACAACUCGCCCUGACAGCAUGCUAUUUUUAUUUAUUUCCUGUUAAGCUUGUGCAAGUACCAAAGGGAAUGAGGCUUGACAACUCGGUAAAGAUUUUUUUUUAUCCUUUUCAGUAUGAAGAAAGAUUAAUUAGUAUUUCAGAUAUGAAAUACAACCUUAUCUUCUCAUUUUUUAAGUGACUCCAGAUAAAAGUGUUGGUAAAAAGGAGUGUAAAUAGGUUCCCAAAGCACCGUUGGAGGAGGAAGCCUCUCCCCAUGGUAAGAGCAGGCGAGGAAGCAGGGCUCACUGCUGUACCUCAUACAGUACUAGCCCCACAUUUGCAGAAGAAAGUGCAUGUGUCCCGUGUACACACAGCCCGUAGCAUACACAGUAACUGGUAUCUUGUUUCUCCUGCACUUGCCCUCAGUGGACCUGCCUAACCAGGGAGUUUCUCCUCUGCUUCCACUCCUACGUCUCUGAAUGGUUUGGAGUUGUAGUCUCGUCAGUCUUCCUGUUUUGGUAAAGGGCCAAUAUCCUCAUGUUGUCAAAUGUAAAACUUGCUUUUAUUUAUCUUCAGAAUCGAAUGCGACACUGGAACCUGUUAGGAAAUCUCAUUAAUUUAUAGAGAGCAGUUGGUGAGCUUGUAUCUCACU